GGCAUACUUGGAACUGUAACUGUGACGCUCUACAAUACUAGAGAGUAGAAGAAAACCCACUGGCUCUGGAAAAUGUCGGAGUACGCUCACGUUCAGAAAAGUUCGCUGAAAUUAAAAGGUGUUGGGAACAUGUCAGUUGGAAAAAAAAAGAAGAAGAAGCAGGAACAGAAUAAACAUCGUAUGGAGCAGGUGGUAACGAAUCAAAAGGAGGAGGAGGUGGAAGACAAGAAACCUUAUGUUGACAAAAGGACACCAGCACAAAUAGCCUUCGAUAAGACGCAGGAGAAGAGGCAAAUGGAGAGGAUUCUAAAGAAAGCUUCAAAAACACACAAACACAGAGUCGAGGAUUUUAAUCGUCAUCUGGACACCCUGACAGAGCAUUACGAUAUUCCAAAAGUCAGCUGGACCAAGUAGUAGAGAAGAGGGGUGUGUGUUUUGUUUUUGCUGUACAAAAUGUUUGCUCAUCAUUUGUCUGUUGUGCUUCAAUCUGUCUGGUGUGUACAACUUUUGAUUUAAUGACAUUUGCUUAUUUUACCUUUUUUCUCAUUUACGCAAUAAAGAAACUGAGAAAAGA